UCCAUCACGGCGAGUAGGAAUAAUAAUGAUGAUGGGGAAAAUAACGAUGACGAUGGCAAUGAUAAUAGCAAUGAUAAUAGCAAGGAUAGUAGCAAGAAUAGUAGCAAUGACAAUAGCAAUGAAAAUAGCACUGACAAUAGCAAGGAUAGUAGCAAGGAUAGUAGCAAGGAUAGUAGCAAGGAUAGUAGCAAGGAUAGUGGCAAUGACAAUAGCAAUGACAAUAGCAAUAACAAUAGCAAUGGCAAUAGCAAGGAUAGUAGCAAGGAUAGUAGCAAGAAUAGUAGCAAAGAUAAUAGCAAUGACAAUAGCAAUGGCAAUAGCAAGGAUAGUAGCAAGGAUAGUAGCAAUGACAAUAGCAAUGACAAUAGCAAUGACAAUAGCAAUGACAGUAGCAAAGACAGUGGCUAUAACAACACAACAAUGUCAAUAGCAAUCAAUAGGAAUAGCAACAGCAGUAACAAUAUCAAUAACAGUAGCAAUAGCAACAACAAUAACAAUAGCAACAGCAAUAGUAACAGCAAUAGCAACAGCAGAAAUAACAGCAAUAAACAGUAG